CUAGUAACUAAGUUAUAGUCAACCAAGGAUACGUAGUGCCAUAUUUAACUAAGUUAUAGCAUACUGAGAAAACAUAGUACCAAUAUUUAAUUUAGUUUAAGAACAAACAAUGUCCACAGUACCUAACACCAACUCGAACGAAAACGCUGUUGAAAAAGUAUUGGACAUGCCAAAAUAUUCGGUAGUUGAGAAAAACGAGAUGUUUGAAGAGAGACAUUAUCCAGUGAGUAAAUGGGCAAGCUGUAAAAUUAUGGGUAUCGUUCUCAAAGAUGCUCUGAUGACGGGGUUUUCUAAAUUGUUUGAAUACAUUGAAGGACAAAAUCAACCAGGCCAGAAAGUCGAGAUGACGGCACCAGUAGCCACUAAAAUAGUUCCAGGUGCAGGCCCAAAUUGCAAAAGCACUUUUACAGUUUCCUUCUUUAUCCCUCCAGAAAAUGCAGAUAAUCCCCCCAAACCAACAGAUCCAGAUGUAUUUAUAGAAACCUGGCCAGCUCAAACUAUUUAUGCAAAGCGAUUUGAUGGUUUUUCCAAUGAUGAAGAAUGGGUUUCUAAAGGUGAGGAAUUAGCUCAGCAACUUGGUAAUAAACCACUCAAUAGGACAUUCUGGUUUACUGCUGCCUAUGAUGGACCAUAUAAAACAUUUGACAGACGAAAUGAAGUUUGGUAUCUUAAAGAAGACAAAUAA